CUUCGCUCUGGCCAAAAGACUCGGCAGGAAUGGUAGCGGGUUAGCUCAUCUGUGCUGUCGGAGUCCCUCUUUGACAUUAUCUGUCAUUCUGUAAUAACUAUGAAUUUACUACCGUCCAAUCCUCAUGGGAAUGGGCUACUUUAUGCUGGAUUUAAUCAGGAUCAUGGAUGCUUUGCUUGUGGAAUGGAGAAUGGAUUCCGCGUAUACAACACAGAUCCCCUCAAAGAGAAAGAGAAGCAAGAGUUCCUGGAGGGUGGGGUCGGCCACGUGGAGAUGCUGUUUAGGUGUAACUAUCUAGCACUGGUGGGAGGAGGGAAGAAACCCAAGUAUCCCACGAAUAAAGUGAUGAUCUGGGAUGACCUGAAGAAGAAGACGGUCAUUGAAAUCGAGUUUUCCACAGAGGUCAAAGCCGUGAAGCUUCGGCGUGACAGGAUCGUGGUGGUCCUGGACUCGAUGAUCAAAGUGUUUACCUUCACCCACAACCCUCACCAGCUGCACGUGUUCGAGACGUGUUAUAACCCUAAAGGUCUGUGCGUGCUGUGCCCCAACAGCAACAACUCCCUGCUGGCCUUCCCGGGGACGCACUCGGGCCACGUCCAGAUAGUGGACCUGGCCAGCACGGAGAAGCCGCCCGUGGACAUCCCCGCCCACGAGGGGGCGCUGUGCUGCAUCGCGCUCAACCUGCAGGGCACCAGGAUAGCCACCGCCUCGGAGAAAGUACGCAACCGGCCGGCCUGUCUGUCCGCGAUGCGUUCGCUGGCCGUCCGACUAACCGCUGCCGCCUCUCCACAGGGGACUCUCAUCAGAAUCUUCGACACGUCGGCGGGACAGCUCAUACAGGAGCUCAGACGGGGCUCGCAGGCAGCUAACAUCUACUGCAUCAACUUCAACCAGGACGCCUCCCUCAUCUGUGUGUCCAGCGACCACGGCACCGUGCACAUCUUUGCCGCCGAGGACCCCAAAAGGAACAAACAGUCCAGCUCCAAGUGGAGCUUCUCCAAGUUCCAGGUCCCCUCGGGCUCGCCCUGCGUCUGUGCCUUCGGAACCGAGCCAAACGCCGUCAUAGCCAUUUGUUCUGACGGAAGCUACUACAAGUUUCUGUUCAACCAGAAGGGGGAGUGUUCCAGAGACGUGUACGCCCAGUUCCUGGAGAUGACCGACGACAAGAUCUGACCGCCGGUCACUCCACAGACUUCCUGUUGAGCAAUCCAGUUCUUUUUUUCUUUCUUUUUCUUU